UUUCACCGGAAACAGAUUAUUUACUUCCGGGUUUCGUCUGGACACGUGUGUGCGCAGAGAAACCAUAGCAAAGUCACCACUUCUUGGAAAAAACUGCUCCGAAUCUGUGUUUCGGUAUCAUUCCAACAUGUUGGAGCAGCUGGGUCUGAUCGGGACCAUCCUGGACGAGGAGCAGAGUCCGGAAGAACCCGACACCGAGUCCGACCAGGAGGAAGAGCCAAUCGUUCUGAACAGGAAGAAGAAGUUUGGUAGUCAGAGUCGCGGGGCGAAAUACUUUAACACAGACUUUGUGUUUGGAGAGACAGACGGGCUGGCACAUGAUGACGACUGGGUCAUGGCUGACGUGAUGAAGCAGCUCAAGAAGAAGAGAACUCUCACCACCCUAGACCAAAAAAUAGAGAAAAUUCGAAAGAAGCGAAAAGCUGAGGAAAAAUCAUCUCAAAGUGAUGCAGCCACGUCCUCUGCGACAAAGAAAGAAGACAAGGAUGAAGAGGAUGAGGAAGAAGAGAAGAUGGAAAUUAAACCUGAUGAGGAGGAGGAGGAUGAUGAUGAUGAUGAAGAUGAAGAUGAGGAUGAAUUUAACUCUGACGAUGAGGAGAUUCUGACCAAAGCUGAUACGUUGAGAGAGAAGGAACGACGAGGGAAAAGGAGGAAGGUAGAAGAGGAGGCUCAGUCGUUCCAUGAAGACGCCUCACAGUUCGAUGACACGCUGACCUUUGAUGAUAUGAACCUGUCUAGACCCAUCCUGAAGGCCAUCACAUCGUUGGGCUUCAAGCAGCCCACCCCCAUUCAGAAGGCAUGUGUCCCUGUUGGACUGCUGGGCCGAGACCUGUGCGCCUGCGCCGCUACUGGGACAGGAAAGACAGCAGCUUUCAUGUUGCCCGUUUUGGAACGGUUGGUGUACAAGCCCACAACGUCCCAGGUGACCAGGGUGUUGGUUCUGGUUCCUACCAGAGAGUUGGGUAUUCAGGUUCACUCUGUGGCCCGUCAGCUGGCCCAGUUCACCUCCAUCACCACCUGCUUGGCCGUUGGUGGAUUGGACCUCAAGUCUCAGGAAGCUGUGUUGAGGGCGGGGCCAGACAUCCUUAUCGCAACACCCGGUCGACUCAUCGAUCACCUUCACAACACUCCCAGCUUCGAGCUUACUCACAUUGAGAUCCUGAUCCUGGACGAAGCCGACAGGAUGUUGGACGAGUACUUUGAGGAACAGAUGAAGGAGAUCAUCAGGCUAUGCUCCUACAAUCGACAGACCAUGUUGUUCUCUGCUACCAUGACCGAAGAGGUGAAGGACUUGGCAGCUGUGUCACUGAAGCAGCCCGUCAGGAUCUUCGUCAACAGCAACACCGACGUAGCUCCCUACCUGCGACAGGAGUUUGUCCGAAUCAGAGCCAACCGCGAGGGGGACCGCGAGGCGGUGGUGGCAGCUUUGUUGACAAGAACCUUCCAGGAUCACGUGAUGGUCUUCACACAGACCAGGAAGCAAGCACAUAGACUGCACAUCCUGCUGGGACUCAUGGGGCUCAAGGUCGGGGAACUGCACGGAGAACUGAGCCAGAGCCAGAGACUGGAGAACCUCAGACGUUUUAAAGACGACCAGAUCGACAUCCUGGUGGCGACUGAUGUUGCUGCCCGAGGUCUGGACAUCGACGGCGUGAAAACGGUGAUCAACUUCACCAUGCCGUCCACGGUCAAGCACUACGUCCACCGAGUGGGCCGUACCGCCAGAGCCGGUCGCUCGGGUCGCUCGGUGUCGCUGGUCGGGGAGUCUGAGCGGAAGAUGCUGAAGGAAGUGGUCAAGUCAGCAAAGAACUCGGUGAAGGCUCGCGUGCUGCCUCCAGACGUCGUCCUCAAGUUCAGAGACCUCAUCUCCAAACUGGAGAAAGACUUGGAAGCCGUCAUGAAGCUGGAGAAGGAAGAAAAAGAGCUGGCCGCCUCCGAGGCCAAGUUGAGUGUGGCACAGAAGCGUCUGGAAGGCUCCGCCCCCAAUGACUCUCAGAGGGUUUGGUUUCAGACGCAGCAGGAGAGGAAACAGAGCCGCAUGUCAAAGGCGCUGCAGGAGUUUGACUUGGCCCUGCGAGGGAAGAAGAAAAGAGACAAGUUUGUGAAGGACAGCAAGAAGAAAGAUAUGACGCCUGAGGAGCGCACUCAGUUUGAGAUCCUGAAGGCCCAGAUGUUCGCAGAGCGAGCAGCCAAGAGGGAGCGGCGACCCAAGCGAGCAAGAGCGAUGGCCGAGGAUGAGGCGCCACGUAAAGCCAAUCAGAAAGCAGGAAAAGGAGGCCGCAAGUCUGUGUUCGACAAGGAACUAACCAACGUCAGCAACAAAGCUCUCAAACAGUACAGAGCAGGGCCAUCCUUCAGCGACAGGAAGCGCCUGGGUUUGGACAGGAAGCGUUCAGGCGGCUCCAGGUUCAGGAGGAAGUGAGUGGGGUCCACAAUGGCGGCUGUGUCUUAAGUGUAAAUCUUCCUUGUUCUUCAUCCAAGAGUUAUAAAUACAUUGUGAAGAAAUGUUACAAAGCAGUGUUUGGUUUGUCAAGCAGAAAAUGUACAACAGUGUAG